CCGGCACUUCCCCGCCAGCCGCGGCCGGAGCGCAGAGGAGCAGCGCCCCGCGCGCGUCUGUCCGGCGCGGGUCGCGGGGAGGCGGCGGCGGCAGCGGCAGCGCCUCAGGACUUAGAGUUCAACUGGACUCUUUCAUAGCGGAGUGCAGCUAGAAACUUGACAGAUGCCUGUGCCGCCACCGCCUCCCCCUCCUCCUCCACCACCUCUCCCAGCUUCUGGAGGACCACCCCCAGCACCUCCACCACUGCUAUCUUCAUUACCUCUGGCAAGUACGGAGCUCCCAAAGCUCAGAAAGGAAGAUCAAAAAGAUCGAAGUGCAUUACUAGCAGAUAUUCAGCAAGGGACUCGCUUAAGGAAAGUUACCCAAAUCAGUGACCGAAGUGCACCACAGAUUGAAAAACCCAGAGGACCUAACAGAGAUGGAGGUGGACCAGCAACCAGCAAAAGUGGUGCUCAGUCAUCAUUGGGGGGCUUGUUUGCAGGUGGCUUUCCCAUGCUGAAACCAGUUGGCCAAAGAGACAUGACAGCUGGCAAGGCUGGGCAGCUGCCUGGAGUACGAGUGCCUCCUCCAAAGUCUCCAUCCCCAUUGAAUGGCAAUGCCAAAGCAAGCAGUAAUGUUUCAAGUCCGCUUGAUUGUCCAAGAGCAGCACACCCAUCGGAGCUACCCAGUGGGCCACGAGCAGGACCAGCUCGGCCCAGCAUGCCUGCCCCUCCCCCACCUCCACCAGUUUCCAGCAAACCUUCCCUUGUUUUCCCACCUCCUCCCUCUCUUCUGGAAAAAUCUGCAAAAGUGUCACCCCCGAAUUUGGUGGUUCCUCCUCCUCCACCACCACCUCCUCCGAGUGACAAGCCCGCCAAGGUUCAAGCAACAGCUUCAUACCUGCCGCCUCCUCCCCUGCCCCUGGCACCGCCUUGUGGAUUGCCAGUCAGAACAACUGACUUCUAUUGCACUUCUCCCCCACAGCCUGAUUUGAGGGAUUAUCCGCCUCCAACUCCUCCCCCACCUCCACCACCACCUCCUACUUCUUCUUCAUCAAGGGGAUCCUUGCCGCUGCCACCCUCCCCUACCUUUAACAGUGCUGUGAACAGCCAUGACAUUCCACCCGCACUGCCCCCCAAAUCUCCACAUUUGCUGUUCCAAAAACCUGGUAUUCAGUCCAUGCCUCUCCCUCCUGCCCCACCCUUCCCUCAGCCAGCUGCAGCAGUGCAGAAGAAGAGACAAGGCAGAGGUGCAGUAAGCCAUACUGGAAAGUUAAUUCCACCUCCGCUACCUCCAGCCAGAUCUCCAUCAACUGAGCUUACAAGCAAGUGUCCGUAUACCCAAGUUGCAUCCUGGCCAGUUGCCCGUGAGCCCUUUCCACAGCACAGAAAUGGAAACAUGCACAUCAUUGAUGAGUUUGAGUCUAAGUUUACUUUCCAUUCUGUGGAAGAAUUCCCCCCUCCUGAUGAAUUCAAGCCAUUUCAGAAAAUUUAUCCCAGCAAGGCAUCUAGAGAUACCCCUAAAAAUCCACCACUAAGAACACAUAUGAGAUGAGAAGAUCCCUCUAACAGAUCUCUGGUGCAGAACUACACAGGAGGGUGAAGAUAACAAGAUAAUGUAUAAAACAGAGGAGGUUUUGUUAAAUGAGUAGAGAUUAUAUUUUAACAAUCCAAUGAUGCAGCAUCACUGAUUGAUAUUUUUAACUGGAAAAAAGAAAUACUUUAAUUAUGCAUUCUCUGAACUAGCCUAGUCAUCGUAUGGCAAUAGAGGAGAGUGCUGGCACAGGCUUUUAAAUUAUUGUUGGAUACUAUACUUCAGGAAUUUUUAAAACCAAGCACCAUGAGAUUUAAAUUCUUUAGUAGUGCUCACUAUGUAAUUCUCAUUCAAAUCAUCAUCAAGAUAUCAUCUCAAACAGUAUUCCAUGCAUUAAAUACUCAUUUUUCCUCCUCACCUUUUAAAUAUUUUUAGUAUUCCCCCAGAGAGCUCUAAUUAUAUUUAGAGGAAUUUUCAAUUAGCUAUCUGAAAAAUAAGAUACUCUAUAUAUUGUAUGGUUUUUGGCAUGACUUUAUAAUCUCAUUGUAAGUUACUUUACUUCCUGUUUCCUACCUACUGCCCCUUUUCCCCCCCCGCAACCUGCUACAAAAUGGCUUCUUCCUCAAUAUUACCACAGAGGGGUCCAUAAUUACAGGGAUCUAUUGGUCAAACAUAUAUAUAGGCAAGAAAAAGGGGCUGCAGACACCACUGCACACAGUAUGCUACUCUAUCUCAGGUUUGCUAGUGGGUGUACCUGUCAGAAGGGAAUGAGCUGGAACAUGAGUACCUGGGCUAGACUGCCUAACAGCAUUGCCAUGCGUUAGCAACAAGACAAAGCUUUUCCAAAGUGCUUCUCCUAGGUCAGGAAACAAAACUGGGAUGAAUGCAUUUGCCAGCAUGUGUGUACACAAGGGCACAGCUGGACCAUCAUGUCUCUAACAUGUGGCCCUUUUGUACAGUAUAGAUUUUCUCUUUAAAUAUUGCUUAUUGCUGCUGCUAGCCAGGAGCCCACCUGUCACUUGUCUGACAGGCUUUCUAGACAUUGUCAUUCCCUCACCCCCCAUAAUCCCCAACGUGCCCCUCUCCAGUUAGCUAAAGAAGUAUUUAAUAGCUAAAUACUAGAAAGAUGACAACUGGUAUUGCUCAUUCUCACCAAUCUCCUUUGAACAGCUCUGCGAGCAAUUGCCAGAACUCCUCCUUCAUUUAUAUGCUCCAUGCAGCUCUUUUCACUCAAUGUGAGCUGUGAAGGGCUGCAGUCUGGAACUGCAGAUUGAUUCCCAAGAUACCUCAGUUUGCCACAGGUGCCAAAAAUUCUCCUCUCCUUUCUGCCAGUUGCCGGGGUAGCUGACAGGAUGGUGAGCUCAUGCAGGUUACCUUAAUUACCACACUGGAAAUCAGACUUUUCCUUGCAGGUGCAUCUAUAUGUUGGCUUGUCUCUGAUUGGCUUAAAGUUAUACAAUAAAAAUGGCCGGGUUAAGAGUGCUUCAAUCAGUCUCUUAAUUCACGUGUUGUUUCCCUUGGAAACUCAAUUUUAGGACCCUGGUCCUGAGUUCUCACAAAGUAGCCUUAAUCUCUUGUUUUUCAAAGCCCAGGAGUAUGGGGGGGAGUGUUCCUGAAAUCAUUCCAGAGGUUCUGCACUCUGGCAGGCAACUUCUCAUUAAUCCUCUUUUCAGGGGAGCAGUGGCUGCUUAGCUUAAAACAGAACUGAUUCUGCAAGCAGUAGCCAGGAGGGGGAGCAGCAGGCUGCAGAUCAGAGAAGGGAGGUAGGCUAGAAAGGGAUCAAGAUUCUGGCUUCCAUUUCAGUACAACCUUGUGGGGAGGAGACAACCUGGACCCCUCCCUAGGUUAGCAGAGGUGGUAGUGAUCUCCAAGGGAGGAAACCCAAAUAUGGAGCCAGAGCAGGGUAGAUUUUAGGAGGAUGGCUAGAUUUGAUGGUGUGGGCUGGGGAAAGCUGAUGGAGUUAUGACUAUUCAAAUAUGCAUAUGAAAUUUAAGCCUUAUUUGCAUAAACUCUGCAGCAUCCCAAAUUGCAAAUCUAGCAGGUAUGUUAAAUCCAGUUUAGGGGUGUAGUUCUGCCCCUUUGCUGUCUAUCUCUGGAUAGUGCCUUUUUCUGCAAAGUUAGCUAGUAGCCUUGUCACCACCACCUAAAUACUAAGGAAGGCAGAAGUGGUCAUGCCCUUGUAACUAGCUGGACUUUAAGAAUAUCAGGUAAAGAAGAUCCCAGCAACUCUGCUGUUAACAAUUGGGGGUGGGGAAGUUGUUCACAUGGUGCCUGACUGGUCAACAAAAAGAAGGUAACUGUGUGUGGAGUCAUUCAUGGAUGGAUAAGUGGGCUGCAGGUACCUACUUAUACUUAAUAUACUACCCCUCUCCCCCCCGAAGGGCUUGGGACCAGAUUCAUCAGUGAACUCUAGCAAUUUGACAGCUACUUUACAUUGCUGGAGCCCCGGACCACAGCAGUGAAUCUGGCCCUAAGUUCAGAGUGAGGUUCUGGAGCCACUGAAUUACCACCUGGCAGAACAGCUUUUUCACUGUAGAAUGCAGCAGCACCACAGGGCUUCUGAAACAUAACCCCCUCCGGGCUUUUUUUCUUGCCUGUACUGAUCUCUUAAUAAAUAGUUUGCCUGUGUGUGUGACAUAUUGAAAAAUAAAUGCUGUCACCAGUAUUGUAAUUACAAUAGUUAACUGUGCUUGAGCAUAUAAAAUAGUCAAAUUUAGGUAGGCGUCAACAUGGGCAUUGCAUCUUUUCUUACAGAAAGUCUAAUAUAAGACUAUUCAGGAAUAGUAUUCUGCUACAGUAUUAUUGGCAUUGUGCAUUAAAAGCAAAUGUGGAGUAUGAUUUCUUGCCUAUUCUCAUCUGUACUGAACCCUGUAAUACUGUGCAACAAAUAUUUUAUAAGGAUUUCUAAAAAAAGUGUCUUUGUAGAUUA